UUGGUCCUGAGAAAAGGGUGCCAGCAAUGCCUGGGUCGCCUGUGGAAGUGAAGAUACAGUCAAGAUCCUCACCUCCUGCCAUGCCACCCCUCCCACCGGUCAAUCCUGGAGGACCGCGGCCGAUGUCCUUUACUCCUACAGCAUUAAGCAAUGGAAUCAACCAUUCUCCUCCAACCCUGAAUGGUGCCCCGUCACCACCACAGAGAUACAGCAAUGGUCCCGCUUCUUCCACAUCAUCUGCCCUGACUAAUCAACAGUUGCCAGCCACUUGUGGUGCUCGGCAGCUCAGCAAGCUCAAACGCUUUCUUACCACCCUGCAACAGUUUGGGAAUGAUAUCUCCCCAGAGAUUGGGGAGAAGGUGCGGACUCUUGUUCUAGCACUAGUGAACUCAACAGUGACAAUUGAAGAAUUCCAUUGUAAGCUCCAAGAGGCCACAAACUUUCCUCUUCGUCCUUUUGUGAUUCCAUUUCUCAAGGCCAACCUGCCCCUGCUGCAGCGGGAACUGCUACACUGCGCCCGGGCCGCCAAGCAGACCCCGUCCCAGUACCUGGCUCAGCAUGAACACCUUCUGCUCAACACCAGUAUCGCAUCCCCGGCAGACUCCUCUGAGCUGCUCAUGGAGGUGCAUGGAAACGGGAAGAGACCCAGUCCAGAGAGGAGGGAAGAGAACAACUUUGAAAGAGAUCCAAUUCCUCCUGAGCCUCCUGCCAAGAGAGUGUGUACCAUCAGUCCUGCUCCCCGGCACAGUCCUGCCCUCUCUGUGCCACUUAUGAACCCUGGGGGCCAGUUCCAUCCGACUCCUCCUCCUCUGCAGCACUACACCUUAGAGGAUAUUGCAACUUCACACCUGUACCGAGAACCCAGUAAGAUGCUGGAGCAUCGAGAAGUUCGUGAACGGCACCACAAUCUUAGUCUAAAUGGAGGCUAUCAAGAUGAAUUGGUGGAUCACCGCCUGACAGAAAGGGAAUGGGCUGAUGAAUGGAAGCACCUUGACCACGCACUGAAUUGCAUUAUGGAAAUGGUAGAGAAAACAAGGCGCUCCAUGGCGGUUCUGCGGCGCUGUCAGGAAUCUGACCGUGAAGAACUCAACUACUGGAAAAGACGGUACAAUGAAAACACAGAGAUGAGGAAAACGGGCACAGAAUUGGUCUCCAGGCAGCACAGCCCUGGGAGCACAGAUUCUCUCAACAAUGAUUCUCAGCGGGAAUUCAGCAGCAGGCCGGGAACAGGUUACGUACCGGUGGAGUUUUGGAAAAAAACGGAAGAAGCUGUGAAUAAGGUGAAGAUUCAGGCCAUGUCAGAAGUACAAAAGGCUGUCGCCGAGGCUGAGCAAAAAGCCUUUGAAGUGAUUGCCACGGAGAGAGCCCGAAUGGAGCAAACCAUAGCGGAUGUCAAGCGGCAGGCUGCGGAGGAUGCGUUCCUGGUCAUCAAUGAGCAGGAAGAGUCCACCGAGAACUGCUGGAACUGCGGCCGCAAAGCCAGCGAGACGUGCAGCGGCUGCAACAUCGCGCGGUACUGUGGCUCUUUCUGCCAGCACAAGGACUGGGAGCGGCACCACCGCCUCUGCGGCCAGAGCCUGCACAGCCAGAGCCCCCACAGCCAGAGCCGGCAGCUGCUGCCCGGGGCCCGGGGCUCCUCGGCCCGCUCUGCUGACUGCAGCGUGCCCAGCCCGGCCCUGGACAAGACCUCGGCAACCACCUCGCGCUCCUCGACACCUGCCUCCGUGACAGCCAUUGACAGCAAUGGGCUCUGAGCCCCAGAGCCCGCCUGCCUGGUGGCCCUUGCGCCAGGCGUGGAGCUGUGGGGUCACCAGCAGGAGAAGAUGAGGGAACAGGAACAAGUCCAAGCGUGGGGCAAGCACUCCCCACCCCUUGGGACUUGAUGGGACGAGCGUGCCGUUGUAGCUGCACACAGGCAGCUGGCCCAAGCUGGCCUACACCUCCGUGGAUUCCCCGAUUCGUUCCUCCCCUGCCUGAAGUUGGCAUAGCCAGCAUGCCGUGUGGGCCACCAGCUCCCCCGCUCCUGAGUCUCAGACUGUCGGACGUGCUGGCCCAGCUGAGCUGGCGCAGCAGGCACGGAGGCGGCCCCUCGCCUCCCUUUCCACUGUUUGCAGGUGACACAGGUUGGCCUUCUGGGACCUGAGUAGGCAAAACAUGGCCCUCGGACGCCCUCCUCUGCCCUGCUUUGCAGACUUGACCGGAAACUCAGAUGACAGGAAAGAAGUCACCAUUUCAAUAAUGACACCCAAAUAAAGAAUGAGUACCUUUUCCCCAAGCACCACAGAUGAUUCUGGACAAGAGUUUGCCACCUGACUGGCCACUUUACCUUGGGACCUAUUUUUUUUCUCUCAGUUAAUUUUGCUUGUGCCAAGUGCUGUUUCCAGUGCGUGAACCAGGCUCCGCGAGGAGACGCCUGCAGGAGCCUGCUGUCUCCGAGCAUGUCGGCCACUAGCAUCGCCAGAUUCCCAAGCCCAUCACCUUGGAAAUUCAGAUCCUCCCCCUCCGCCUGUCCUCUCGAUCCGCUUCUCUUUACCUCCCAGACCUCGGGCAUCGCCUGCCCUGGGGCCCUGCUUUGGUGGUCCUGCUGGACGAACUGCGGUGUCUGUAGGAUGUGCCACACCCAGUCUCAUCUACAUGGCCCUACCGCACCUGAAAGAUUCCUUCAGGCCUCACAUUUCCGUGUCAUUAGACCUACUGCAAUGGCUUAUUACCAGGCAAGCAGUCUCAGCUUCCUUCUCUUACGUUACCUGUUGGGUUCCUCCCCUCUUUGAACUCAGAAAGGUUUUGUGAAACACGAGAGCCAUUACUGGAAAGCCUGAUCAGUUCUUCUUCCUGUCUUCAAGGAGUGUCCCAGCUGCUUACCUGGCUGUCUGACAAACAGGAUGCCUCCUAUCUGUUCCCCUUCAGAGUCUCAGGGCCCAGAGCCCAAGGGCCCAGCACCCCUCUGCCCGCGAGCCGCCAGCUCCGCACUCAUGGUGACUUCUCAACAAGGAUUUUCAGUCUUAGAAAGAAACUUGGAACAAGAACCUUCAGAAUACCUAGGUUUCAAAAUUUCAUUGCAUAUAAAGUAAGCUAUCCCCAGAGAGAGAACAGCAAAAUAACAGUGUGUUCCUUCGCAGCGGGGCACGUGGACUCCGGGUGAACUCCAGCAGUUGAUGAGGCAGCCUGACGAACAGGGCGGAGUCAGCCCCGCAGUGGGGCCCACCCACGUUGCCCUAAGACGCGGGGUGUCUCCCAGACAUCUUGUGGAGCCCCGCGUUGGUACAGUGAGAGGGUGGCUUACAGGGGCUCUGCUCUCAGCCUAGACUUAACCUACGCAGGUUUUCCGUCUUGAGUAGCCACAAGACAGCCGGGGGAGCUCAGGCUUUAAUGGAUGGAAUAAAGCGCCAGACACAACCCAGCAGUCGGUACCAGAGCCCAAGGUCAGCUUCUGCAGCUGCGGUCUGCGUGCAGCGUGCAGGUCUGGCGCUUGCCUGGGCAGCCAUUCCAGCACGGUUUCGUGCCAGUCUACACAGCAGGGUGCUGGUCCGCACCAUGAUUCUGCUCUCAGAGCCUUUGCUGGGUUGAUUCUGCCAGAGUUCACAUAGACAUCACAGGCCGUCUGUCCAAGACUUCCUCUUCUGAUUUAAGAAUCCUUUCCCCCGUUAGCUAGGGGGUCAAGAGGGAGUCCAGGUUCCCUGCUCGAUAUUUGGUUCCUGCUGACGCCACCCUAGGUUCCGGGUUGGAAAUGGACACUCGGGCUCCCCCUCUGCCCCGAGGCCCAGCCUCUCCAGUUAGUGUUUGGUGGACAGGAAAGGCAAAGGCUGCCUCGUGGUCCAGGGAGUGUCAGGUCAGUCGCAGGCUUCCUGACGUUGGUCUGGAACCCAAAAGCAAACCUGACUGCCCGCCUGCUGCCAUGUCUGCACACGAUGCUGGGCUCACCGCCGCCUGCCGGGACCCUCCAGUCUUCUCCCAAGUGAGGGGUGACGGCAGGAAUCAAAGGUGGCCAACGCGGGAGCUGUCUUCGCUCGUCCUCUGUUUUCCUGCGUGCCUGCACCUGCUCCCCAACAGUGGCCCCAGCUCUGCGGCCGACGCUCCAGCAGAUGGUCAGGUGAUGCACAGGGUGGGGUGGGGGUCUGUUCUUGGACCAUUCCGAGCCAAGCUGUCGCUGUCCCCCAGGCUGUAGGUCCAGAAACAGGACACAUCCACCCAGCACAGGCCCGCGCCGCCCUGCACAGGUGGACGUCUUUGCCCAUCUGGGCCAGAUGCUUACAAACAGACUGUGUACGUUUUGUCCCACGCUGUCCCAGCAUUGACGUGGCCCCCAGUAGCUCUGUGAGGCGUCAGCAGCAGCCGCUCUGGCAUCGUGCGGCGGUGGCGAGUGUUUCAGAACGAACGCCGGGAAAAUGGCCAGUUGGCCACUUGUCCUGGAGUCCGCGGAAAGGAUUAUGGGUUGGAGAAACCAUUGAAAAUAGGACACCUCUCAGAGGCUUUCUUCAGAACUGGAGUAGAACCAAGGUUCCCAGCUGGGCUCCGGGUCAGUAACCACCGCCAACUUUCUUCGAUGAUUUUUAGCUGUUUGCAGAGAACCAGGUGGUGGCAUGCUUGAACCAAAUGUGAGGAAAGCCAGAAGGACCUGGGCUAUUCUGACAAGGGCCAGAUGGCGGCUGGCAGGAAGGAGAGCUGCCCGCCUUGGCCUGGGGCCUGGCCGAGCUGCUCAGGGGGGGCCUUCCACCCCUGGGUGUCUGUCCUCGAGAAACCAAAACGUCCCCUCCUGCCUCUGCCCACACGCGUGGACGUGCGCAUUUCCAAAGACACCAGUGCAGUGACCUUUCCAUCUCGGCCGGGGGUGGGGGUGGGGAGGCCCGAGGGCGGGCCUCGUGUCCCCCGCGUCGUCGUCCUUGGCUCCUGCACACCCCAUCUGGUCAGGCCUACGGCUGCCCAGUGGAUACUCGCUGAUGCUUAUACCAAAUAGGGCAUGUGUGGCUGGUGUCUGCUAGGGACAGCCCUGUCCCUGCCUUGGAGUUGGCAGACAAGCAGCUGGCAGAGCUGCUUGGCUAAGAGGCGUCCGGUCCACUUCCCGGGCUUUCCGGCUGCCCUGAAGAAAGCCUACAAUGGACCUAGAGGGAGGCCUCCACGCGGUCUGCGAAGUGGCGGGGGGUGUCCAGCCCUGCAGGACGCGGCCGUCUGGGUUUUCUGUGCUUUGUCAUUUUACUCUGAUAGAACUUUCGUUACUCAGCUCUCUGCAUAACUUAUUUAAUGUACUGUAUAAACGAACCAAAACUGUUAAAUAUGUAUUUAGUUUGUUCUACUUAAAGUAGUCAAUAAAAGGCUAUAUUCCU